CAAGAAAAGGAUGAUUAUGAAUGAUUAUGAUGAUGACGUAUUCAUCGGAGUAACUUCAAAUUUAUCAACAAAAAUGCAAAAUGAAUGUUUAACAUCAAAUUUACCAGGAUAUAUUUGCAAUUCGGAUAUACUUCAAUUUCCAGUAACAAAUGAUAAAAUUAACUUUCAUAAUGCUAAUAUGCCGGAUGUAUCAAAGGAAUUACCAAAUCCGAUCACAAUAUCAACCAUUUCCAAUGGAUCCUCUGAUAAUUCGCUUGUUCCUGUAAAAUUCGAGGUGUAA